AUGCAAGGACAUGCAGCAGAGAAUACAUCUCAUACGGAUUUCAUUUUAAUAGGAUUCCCUGGCUUUUAUGAGAACAGGAGAUUUCUGUCCAUCCCUUUCAUUAUAAUGCUUAUUGUCGCUGUCAUUGGAAACUCAACUAUAAUUUUCAUAAUUAAAACUGGAUCUGGUUUGCAUUCACCUAUGUAUGUUUUAAUUGGUGCCAUAGCAAUUGUUGAUCUGAGUUUACCAAUGCUGUUCAUCCCAAAAAUGCUGUUGAACUUUUUGUUUGACUUGAAUGAAAUCUCCUUAUUAGGCUGUCUGGUACAAAUGUUUUUCAUUCAUUUCGUAAGCUCAUUCGAAUCCACCAUUCUCCUGGUGAUGGCGUUGGAUCGAUAUGUCGCCAUCUGCAACCCGUUACGAUACAAUGACUACAUUAACAAGUCCACUUUCCUUAAGCUGUCUGUUGCUGCCCUCAUAAGAAGUGGCAUUUUAAUUUCUCUCAUUGUCAUCCUAGCUGGGUCUCUCUCCUAUUGUCUGUCCAAUGUGAUUGAGCACUGCUAUUGUGAACACAUGGCGCUGGUAGGGUUGGCUUGUGAGAGCACAACAAAGAACAGCAUAAUGGGCUUGCUUGUUGUCUUUUGUAUUCCAGGUCUUGACCUGCUGUUCAUAUUCUUUUCUUACCUUAAAAUUUUCUCUGUUGUCUUCAAAGCAGCAUCAGGUAAAUCUUGCCAUAAGGCAAUGCACACCUGCGGGACUCACUUAAUAGUCAUUCUUGUAUCAUAUACCUUAGCCAUGUGCUCCUUUAUAGCAUAUAGGUUUGGGAAAUCAGUUCCUCCUGAUGUUCAUGUUCUGAUCAGUGUGAUAUAUGUUAUCUUUCCCUGUUGCUUCAAUCCAGUUAUUUACGGUGUCAGAACAAAAGAGAUACGAGAUCAGAUUCUGAAAACAAUGCUAAAGACCAAAUCCAAUGUAAUUUCAAUCAAUGUAGCAAGUAUAACGAAGUAA